AUGGAGCACAGUGAGGACUAUGAGAACUACACUUAUGACUACUAUGUAGAGUACGGUGAUGUGGACGACGUGAAAACUGGCCAUCGACAGAAAGAAGCCAUGCACAUCAUCUCGGUCGUCAUCUACAUCAUUUCAUUUGUCCUGGGCCUGAUAGGAAACGGAACUGUCCUCUGGGUGACGUCCUGCAAAAGCAAGAAAACUGUAAACAGCAUCUGGUUGCUCAAUCUCGCCCUCGCCGACCUUGUAUUUGUGCUCUUUCUACCUCUGUACAUUGACUACAUCCUCCGGGAGUUCAACUGGGAUUUUGGAGUGGUCAUGUGCAAGCUCAACUCAUUUGUGAUUGUGAUGAACAUCGAAUACCGUGCACAGCCCAUACCAAUUCAAGCUCAUGUUGUCAGGAACAAGAGUCACGUGAUGUAUGAAGGCAAACACAUACACUUUUCUGAGGUUGACAAUAAGCCGCUGUGCUCAUACAGCCCGAAGCUCUGCAAGCAGCGCAGACUGAACGGUUAUGCCUUCUGUAUCAGACAUGUGCUGGAGGAUAAAACGGCACCCUUUAAGCAAUGUGAAUAUGUGGCCAAGUACAACAGUCAAAGAUGUACAAAUCCCAUCCCCAAGUCAGAGGACCGCAGAUACUGUAACAGCCAUCUUCAAGUCCUGGGUUUUAUUCCGAAGAAAGAACGUAAAAAGAAAAAUGACACAAUGGAGGAGAUCCGGUCUCGCGCUCAUCUGGAGUCAGUGGCUCUUAAUAUAACUGUACCUUCUUUAGCUUUAAAAGCUACCAAUGGCCUAGAUGAACUUCCACCAUCGCCGCCAUGUACCCGUCUACUAGCCCUUCCGGAUGGAGAAUUACUGGACCCUUUUGCCUUUUAUGAAGACGACACAGACGGAGAGGAGAUAAGUACUCAACGGAAAGGCAGUGUCAUCAAAAAGAAGCUACAGAGUAAACUAGUGCUCAACAAGAAACUCUGCCAUGAUACAGACCUCUUCCAGGCACCUUCGGAGCACUUUAGUCCAUCCCCUGUGUCCCGUAUUCACCCUUCCUCACCCCUCAACACUCACCUAUCGCGGCACCAGUCAGGUCUUCAGCCAGUCCAACACUCCAGUGUGACUUCCUUUAGCUUUCCAGGGCAGCAACAGCAGCAGGGGUUAAUAUGCAAUCCACCACCACCUCAGACAGUCAACUUUCUGCCUCCAGGGACAUGUGCAGCACCCAGUCCAGUACAAGCUUCAUCACUUAGGAAAAUGCCUUUCACUUCAACAAACUCGUCUGUUACAUGCAAAGACAGCAGUAGUAACUGUCAGCGGCAUGCAGUCGUCAUGCACCCUGCUGCCUUCUUACCUUCUGCCACCUGCUUGGCCAGGCUGCAAAAUCUGGUACAGAUCUGUGCUAAAAGACACCAUGAAUAUGGAGACCUCUUUCCUCAUUUAGGUCUGGACUGGUCUGAGGACAGUGAUGACGAUUGUGAGCAAAAUGAAGAUGAUGCAGAAGAGAGAUUGUACCAUCUCCACAGCUCUUGGGGACCAUUAAAUGGGGUGGAAGACGAGAGUGGACUGCCUCGACGAUCUCGGCUUUUAAGGCUUUGCUCAUAUCUUCAGGAGAAAUACAAGCACAUGUGCAGGCAGGAAAGGGCCACUAUCAGACAGAAACGAUAUCGUUAUGCCUUUCGCAAAGCCCUACUCCAUGCUGCCAAUAAGAACCCAGACUGUGCUGGACUUCUCAUCCAGGAGCUGCAUGGUGUUUCUGAAAACUCAAGUGUGGCUCAAAGAAAACAGCAGAAAACAAACGCAGGAGUCUGCACUGGAAGCACAAAGGGUCAGGCCUGUAAAAACAAAGCUCUGCCUUUCACCCGACACUGUUUUCAACACAUUCUGUUGAACCGUUCCCAGCAACUGUUUUCUAGUUGCACAGCCAAAUUUGCAGAUGGACAACAGUGCUCUAUUCCUGUGUUUGACAUAACUCAUCAGACGCCUCUCUGUGAAGAACAUGCCAAAAAAAUGGACAAUUUUUUGCGUGGAGAUGGACACAGACGAGUGCAACACCAGCAGCAGCGCAAGCCACGUAAAAAGACAAAACCACCAGCUCUCACCAAAAAACACAAAAAGAAGAGGAGGAGAGUGCCUCAAAGGCCUCAGAAACCCAUUCCACCUGCUUUGCCACAGGGGAACCUCGGAAUGCCUUCAAUAAGCUUAGCAAUGCCUUCCCAGGCCUGCCUCAGGAGCCCAUCCACCCCUGAGCUGAGUACAGAUGAACUUCCUGAUGACAUCACAAAUGAAAUGGCAGACAUUCCAAAUGACCUUGAACUAAAUCAGGAAGACUUCUCUGACGUUUUACCGAGACUCCCCGAUGACCUGCAGGACUUUGAUUUGUUUGAAGGUAAAAAUGGAGACUUGUUGCCCACAACAGAGGAGGCAGAGGAACUGGUGCGAGCGCUGCAGGCCAUGGGGUCCUACCCAGAUUCCUUGGUUUGCCUGACCUCCAUAGGAGACUUGACGCCGUCUGAAGGAGUGGACCAUCGAGCCAUGACUGUGUUUCCGGGGCCUGUGCAGACAGGAGGCAUGGGGGACCUGCUCAACAGCCGCAUCUCAUCGGAAAACUUCACCAGCCUUGAUCUUGCGGACAAUCUUCUGCAGUCCACUGGAAGUCACUUUCCUCCCUCGCCUCCAUCAGAACCCUUAAACCAGCCUCCAACGUCAUGUUCCAGUUUGACAUCUCCUAAGCCCCAGUGUGGAACAGAGCGGACGUUCUCACAAACGCCUACAUCCAAUGUCCUCACUAAGUCAGAUGCUCCGACACAGUCUUCCCAGCGCAACCACUACAGCAGUGACCCUGUGCCAUCCCCGUUCAAUGAUCAUAUAGCUUCACCUCAUGGUCCUAGCUUCCCCACAGACAGCCCUUUGCUCCUGGACGUACCUUUGAGCAGUGCCCCAGGUGCCCCUCGAUCUUCAUGGAACAAUAUGACUCUCCCUCUCACUGAUCCCUCACAGUUUGGCAAUCUUAUUGGUUCUGACAGUCAUCUUAUAUCCACAUCUCUUUCCACUCCCCCUGCGACUACUCACUCUGCCACACUGCAGCCCAUGGCGGCGCUCUCAGCCAUGCCACAGACUGGUAUGACUGGUUUAGCAAACCCUCCAGCCCCCUCUGCUUCCCCUCAUGACAGUUCCACCCAGCCCAAGCAGCAGCUCCCUCAAUUCAGUGCGGCCUUUGGCCAUCAAUUGGCCUCCCAUAGUGGCAUCCCAAAAGAUGUGCAGCCAAGCCACAGCUCCACAGCGCCUCCUGCUGGGUUCUCAAUCGUGAGUGCCACUGCUGCUCGUGCCAACAGCGCCACACCGCCAUUCACUCAAAGUAAAUGA